UAACCCGCCAUCCGCGCCGUUGCUAAACACCAUGUCUCGACUCGAAAUUAGAACAGCUUUGCGACUGUUCACUGUGUCUUGUCAUCCCGGGACUUACCGGCAGACAGCAUUGUUGUCGUUACGGGGAUUGCACAGUGGCUUCUUAGAUCGAGAGGCAAAAUAUGCCGAGAAGCUACGCCUCCGCGCUCAGCAGACCGGACUAAGCGUAGAAGAGCUUAAAGCGAAAGCGAAAGAAAGUUUAGCGGAGCAAAAGCAUCGUGAACGUCAAGAACUAUUGGCAUCCCGACCCUCAUCGAAAUUGACAUCCAUCGAGCAGGCGUCGGGUACACCAGUCGAAAAAAAGUCCGAGACGCGUAAAGACAGUGCGCCAGUCAAGCCGCUGUCGGAUAUUCUGAAUAUUCCUCGUAUCUUGAAGACUACGCCGGAGCAACUUUCUGCAUUAUGGACAGCUUACCAUGCUUCACGAUCUGACGGCACAGGUCGCGGGUUCCUUUGUGCAGCCAUUCCUUUCUCUCUUUAUAAGAAGAUGACGACCGUGGCCAUGAAGUACCCUUCGUUCAUCAUUCCUUUACCUCGACCAGACACUGAAAAUCCCGCGGACGAGAGCAAAAUGAAUUAUGAAUUCUUCUUCAUGCAAUGGGACUUCCAUCACUCUCCGCCAAGUCCCACUUGUACCGACGAUCCAUUUCAGACACUUUCACCGGAUGUAUCCUCGAUCCCGCCCAUAUCGACGGUUCUGUUCACGCCUCUCCAGGAAUACAAACUUCGCACAUCCUUUGCUACCCCAUAUCUUGUUUUAACACACUACACCGAUCUGGUGAACACCCAUGAGGUCGUUCUUUUGAGGGGAGAGAUCACGCCUUCGACUGCGGAUGGAGAGGCGAGAUAUAUGCUGCGUCAAGAGGACGCUCAAUUGUUAGCCAUGGGGAUCCAGAAAUUCUAUCUUUGGGGAGAGAAGGAUGCUGGUCCAGACGGCGAACGGCUGCUCACGUCCUUCCAUGACCACCCAGAGGAGUUCAAAUGGGAAGAGCUUCUAAAGCUGUAUCGCGAGACCCCUUGACCUCGUAAUUGCCCAUUACGAUUGAAAAUAGCAUUAGAUCUAUGCACGAAAUACGAAGCUAUCUACCGCCCCGCAAACCGACGAGGCUGCCCGUAUCCCCCGCUCGCAA